GAGGAGGAGAAGGAGGAAGAGGAAGAAGAAGAAGAAGAAGAAGAAGAAGAAGAAGAAGAAGAAGAAGAAGAAGAAGAAGCGCAAGAAACAAGAGAACACACAUUAAGCCGGCGGUCCGGCAACUUCUCCUCCUGGAAACCCACGGGCGCGCAGAAUGGGUCGGUAGAGAAGGCGCCCCUUGCUCUGUCGGUCGAUCCGCCGCCCGCUGUGUCCGUUAUGGCGUCCUCCAAGACCGAGGAGGACUCUGACGAUGUGGACAAGGUCCCAGACUCCAGGGGAGUCCUGCGCCGCCCACGUUCUCGGAGCCCGUGGGCCAUUGGCCUGCUCACUCUCCUGGUAUCCCUCGUCGGCCUCGGCUUCCUCGCGACGAUCCUCAAUUCGAGCGCCACGCGGUGUCUCGACGCCAAGGGCUGUAUCAUGUCCUACAUGCGACCGUCCUACGUCAAGCUGAGCGACUUUGACACGGAGCAUACCCGUUUCGGCAGCAAGUACUCCCUCUACUUGUACAGGGAACUGGAGGUGGACGAGGACGUCAAGCUGCGAGGCACACCUGUGCUGUUCAUACCUGGGAAUGCUGGGAGCUACAAACAAGUCCGACCCCUCGCAGCCGAGUCUGCCAACUAUUUCCACGACACGCUGCAGAGCAACCCAGCGACCCUCAAGAGCGGCGUGCGCAAUCUUGAUUUCUUUACGGUGGACUUCAACGAGGACUUCACGGCCUUCCACGGCCAGACGCUAAUUGACCAGGCCGAAUACCUCAACGAGGCGAUACGGUACAUACUCUCUCUAUAUCUCGAUCCGCGCAUGACAAGUCGCGACGCCGACCUGCCGGAUCCAACUUCAGUCAUGGUUGUGGGCCACUCCAUGGGCGGCAUCGUGGCCCGCACAAUGCUUAUUAUGCCCAAUUACCAGGCGCAUUCCAUUAAUACCAUAAUCACCAUGUCCGCCCCACAUGCCAGACCUCCCGUCUCUUUUGAUAGCGAGAUCGUCAGGGUCUACGAAGAUAUAAACGACUACUGGCGAAAGGCCUAUGCUCAGCAGUGGGCGAAUAACAACCCUUUGUGGCAUGUUACCCUGAUCUCCAUUGCUGGUGGCAGUCUGGACACUGUUGUGCCCUCCGACUAUGCAAGUCUCGAAUCCAUUGUGCCGGAUACACAUGGUUUCACAGUCUUCACCUCGACCAUACCGACAGUCUGGACAAGUAUGGACCACCAGGCCAUCCUCUGGUGCGAUCAGCACCGAAAGGUUGUGAUCCGUGCACUGUACGACGUCGUGGAUGCAUACCGACCCUCGCAAACAAAGCCGCGGGCCCAACGGAUGAGUGUGUUCAAGAAGUAUUUCCUCACCGGGAUGGAGGAUGUCGCGGAAAGGGCCGUCCUGUCUCAAGAACCAAACACCCUUUUGACGCUGGAGGACGACGCGCAUGAGAUCCUGGCUCAGGGCGAUCGUCUGGUCCUCCGCGGCUUGGGGAGACAGGGCCCGCCGCAGGCCCAUCUGGUGCCGAUCCCGCCCUCGGGCCCGGCUCCGAAGCGCUUUACGCUUCUCACUGAUGAGAAGCUGGACAGUCCUGGCGAAUCAGGAAAGCUCGAGGUCUUGCUCUGCAGCGUGCAUACACUGCAGCCAGGACAGGCCGGCGCUAUGCUUCCUUGGAAGCUCGACCUAGCACCAGGAGAGAGCAAGACUGCGACCCGCCUGACUUGCAAGAAUGCAGCGCCGGAUGUGAUACAGCUGCCGGCAUCUACCCGAUACACACACCAGCCUUUCUCGACUUCUGGUUCCAGACUGGUCCCGCCGUUCUCACACCUUCAAUUUGACCUCGAGGAUAUUGCUGAACACCAAUUCGUUGCUGUUUUGGACAAGGGCCUGUCGUCAUCAAGCUUCGUCGUCGCGGAGUUCAGCGACGUGGCGGGUUCUCAGAGGACACGCCAUAUAGGCUUGCGAAGAUUGCUCGCAUUCGGCAUGGAUCUUCGUCUACCAGCUCACCGAUCCAUGGUGACAGAGGUAACGAUCCCGACGAUGCAGUCCAGCUUGCUCUCCUACCACCUUGACAUAACGGAGCAGGGCUGUGGGAACCAGAGGGAGCUUUUUGCUCCUUUGAUACGACAAUAUUUGGAAGAGCCCUACGAAUCGAAAUAUUUUGUGAAUGUCAGGCAUGCCAGCGUUAGCCUUCAUGGUGUCGCGCCGUACAUUCCCCCGCCACUGAAGCCCAAAUCCACGGAGGAAGGUCUCAGCUUUCAAUUCUGGACCGAUCCGACGUGUGGUUCGAGCAUUAAUGUUCGCCUCACCGUUGACGUUCUCGGCAGCAUGGGCAAGCUCUACAUGCGCUAUCGGACCGCAUUUGCUGCGUUUCCCCUGCUCGUUGUGGCUUUGGUGGUGAGAAAGCAGUUUCGGGUCUACGACAAUCAAGGCAUCUUUAUCUCGUUCAACGAGAGUCUGGAGCAGAGUCUGCGACGGUCCAUACCUCUUAUACUCGCCUCCUUGACUCUUCUUUCGCUGUCUGCGGGGACCCCUGGAUCUCGAGGCGUGGCGAGCUUUUGGCCCUGGAGCAGUGCAGGCUGGACGGGUAUCGAUUUCCGCCAGAAUGACCUCCUCGCCGGCACACAGGACCCAUUCUUCUGGUUUAUGGUGCCCCUCAUCGGGGUCUGCUGCGUUGGCGUCUGCUGGAUCAUGAACUACCUGGUUCUGACCCUCACUGCGAUCCUCAGCACGUUGUACGGCUGGCUGAGCUCCCGUCCUGCGUGGGUGCGCCAUGACGAGCGGCGGCGAGCUGUGCCCUAUGGCUUCAUGCCUUCCUCGCCACGGCGGCGGCUUGUCACAACAGCCAUCCUCUUGCUGUUGGUCACUACCUUUAUACCAUACCAGUUCGCCUAUGUGGUCGCAUGUCUUGUGCAACUCAUCACGACGGUACGCGCCCACCGCAUCGCGUCGGAGCUGCCCUCGAACGCCAACCGCAACUUUUACAACUACGCCCACGCCAUGUUUGUCCUCAUGCUCUGGGUCCUCCCUAUCAAUGUGCCGAUACUCAUUGUAUGGGUGCGCAACUUGACAGUGCACUGGUUCACGCCAUUCUCAUCCCACCACAAUGUCAUGUCUAUCAUGCCAUUCAUUGUGCUUGUGGAGACGUUCACGGCGGGGAAGAUGGUGCCGAGGCUGAGAAGUCGGUUACGACAUGUGACCAGCGUCUUGCUCUUUGGCAUCGCGGUGUAUGCUGCCAUAUACGGCGUGAGCUUUGGCUACCUGAUCCAUCAGCUCGUCAACUUGGUGGCACUGUGGCUCGUUGUGGUGCACUCGACCACAGACUCUUGGUCCUGGACUGGGUGGAGCACUCUCUUCGAGGGCAAUCUCGAAUCGAGAAAGGUUGGUAAAACACCUUAG